GUCCUUCUCCAGAGGCGACAUCCCCGUGUUUCUCUCCCCUCAGUGCCAUGGCCACCGCGCUGUCCCGGCGUCUGGGGAAGCGCUCCCUGCUCGGCACCCGCGUCCCCGCCGAUGGGAUGCAGAUCCCGGGAUUGCAGCCCGAGCUGGGCCGGGCCCCUGCCGCCCACGAGGACGGAUCCUGCGGGCUCUCCGCGGAGGAGAACGGCCAGGCUCCCGGAUUUCCCGGAUUCCCCGGCCUUCGGCAGCUCCACUCCGGGCAGCAGAUCCUCAUCACUUCCAACGGGCAGGAAUGUGAGCAGGGGAAGGCGCUGCUGCCGGAGCAGGGCUCGCAGGGCUGCUGGAGGGUGCAGGACACGCUCCAACCUCCCGCCGAGAUCCUGCAGAGAUCCGUGUCCAGCAGCAUCGACGUUCCCAAGAGGAAAGGCGACGCCGCCGUGGAGAUGGAUGAGAUGGUGGCAGCCCUGGUGCUGACGAGCCUGUCCUGCAGCCCCGUGGUGCAGAGCCCUCCCGCCGGCGAGAGCGGCCUCCCCC